CAGAUUGACAAGUCGUCCGAUCUCCUGUCCGGUCCUCUGGACCCUGUGAUUUCUCUCUCUCUCUCUUUUCUCUGGCCACAAUUAGCAGGGCAUCGUUUCCUGUUUUAGUGCUGGGAUCGUUUGGCUGUCAUCUGAGGAAGUCUGCUAAUCUUAGCUGUAACCCAUACCUCCUCUGUUGAGGAGAGCCGUAGGUUAUAGCGGGACCCACGGUGCUGACCGCAACCAUUGCCACAGCCACUCACGCAGUGCUGUUGUGUGUGCCGUCGGUCAGGGAUUAGAAUGAAAGUGAAAGCGUACAGGUUGCAUGAUAAACUGGACUUGAUGCAUGGCCUUUGCAUGAUCCCAUUGCGUGCUGGUGUGGGGCUGACCGCAAGCUGCAGUGACCAUGGCUCAGACCUUACACAUUAACGGCAACGUCUCAGAAAAAGAUGAGGAUGAGAAGGACCCCGUGGCUCCGUACUACCUGGAGACCCCGUACGGCUUCCAGCUAGACCUGGACUUCCUGAAGUAUGUGGACGACAUCGAGCGGGGCAACACCAUCAAGAAGCUGAACAUCCAGCGCAAGCCCAAGUCGGCGCGGCCCUCCACCUCCUCGCAGCACAGCAACAACAACAGCGUGAGCAGCAGCAGUGGCGGAGGCUGCGGAGGCCUGGCCGAGUGGACGUCCACCGACUCGCUCUCGUCCUCCGCCAGCGAUGAGAACAAGCGCUCGCCGUCGCCCGUGUUCCUCACGUCCGCCAGUCAGCCGACACCGCCGCCACCGCCUCCACCACCACCGCCGCCACCUCAUCCUCACGCCCUGCCCCAGUCGCAGAUAGUCCGACCCGGCCCAGUGACCCUCCCGACUCACCCGGUCCAUGACGGCCCCCAGGCCUUCCUGAGUGUCCUGGAGGCCCGACAGCAGCAGCAGCACCAUCAGCACCAUCAGCAGCAGCUGCCCCCUCCCUCCCCGCGGCUCUUCCCCCGCCACAACCCGCAGGUGGAGAAGACGCUGAUGGAGACGCGCCGGCGCCUCGAGCAGGAGCGGCUCCUGGCCCAGCCGCUGGCGCUCGCUCCUCCUCCUCCUCUGCCCGCCGCGCCGAGCGACCCUCUGCCCCCGCCGCGCCGCCGGCUGGCCAGCUUCGGGGGCACGGGCUCCAACAGCUCGCUGGCCUCGUCCUCCUUCGGCGGCUCGGCGGGCGUGCCCAGCCAGGUGUCGCCCGGCUCGCACCACCACCUGCUGACGCAGCACAACGGGCACCUGUUCAGCAACGGCGGCGGCGGCGGGGGAACCGGGAGCGUGGACGGCUACAACCCCUACUUCACGCCGUCCAUGGGCGGCUCGUCCAUGCGCCACAGCCCCAUGAGCUCGGGCAUGACCACGCCGGUCACCAACGUGAGCCCGGCGCACCUGCAGCACAUCCGCGACCAGAUGGUGGUGGCGCUCAAGCGGCUCAAGGAGCUGGAGGAGCAGGUGAGGACCAUCCCCAUCCUGCAGGUGAAGAUCGCCGUGCUGCAGGAGGAGAAGCGGCAGAUGGCCUCGCAGCAGGCCAAGGGCCCGGCGGGCUCCGGAGGCUUCCGGAAGCGCUCGUACAGCGUGGGCAGCGCCGAGCAGUUCGAGUCGUCGCUGGCGGCUGCGGCUGCGGCCGUGCCGGCGCAGGGGCCGAGCAGGCGGUCCGAGCUGCACAUCGACUCGGAGGACGAGCUGGAGGGCAUGGAGCAGAGCUCGCAGCGGCUGCAGGAGUUCCGGCAGCUGACCGCCGAGAUGCAGGCGCUGGAGAAGGAGAUCCAGGACCCGGGGUCGGCCACUAAAGAGGAGCGGAGGCAGGUCAGAGGUCAGACCCAGAAUGACCGCGCCGCCGCCGCUACCGCGGCCGUCGCGCCGCAGAAGCAGUCGAGUCGAGAGCUGAAGUCCGUCGCCGUGGGCUCGGACGAGAACAUGAACGACGUGGUGAUCUGCCGCCGCUCGUCGCCGGACCGGAGCCGGGACGCGUCGGUGGGGACGGAGCGCGCGGAGACGCGGAGCGCGGCGGUGGGCGUGACCGAGGCCAUGCUGGGCACCUGCUCGGAGGCGGAGGCCGAGCUGGAGCUGCAGCACCAGACCAUCGAGGCGCUGAAGGAGAAGAUCUACCGGCUGGAGGUGUCGCUGAAGGAGACCACGCACCAGAUGGAGAUGAGCAAGCUCAAGCUGGAGCUGCAGCAGGCCGCGGCCGGCGGCAGCCGCAAGAAGGCCGACAAGGGCUGCACGGCCCGGCCCGAGAUGUACAGCACCGCCGUCGAGGCCUGCGUGUCCACUCACAGCCUCGGAGUCGGGAAUCACGAAGAGUCCAGCGGCGCUGACGACGACGACAAAGCGGUACAGGUCCAGGAGGUAGGGGUGUCCUGUCGGCCGGACACGAAAGCGGCGGCCGCGGGCCCGGACGUGCCGAUGGACCGGUGGGUGGUGCGCGAGCGGACGGAGUCGAGGGACCAGUGCGUGGGCCGGCGGGCGAGCGUGACGGACAAGAGCGUGGGCGCGCGGCCGAGCGUGUGCGAGGUGAGCGUCAACACGGAGGAGACGGUGGAGAGCCUGGGGCUGCUGCGCAAGGCCGAGGCCGAGGCGGCCCGAGAGGCACGGUCCAUCGGGUGCGGGGACUGCUCGGUGGACGUGACGGUGAGCCCCGUCAAAGAGCUGGUCAGCGCGGGGACCGAGACGGACGCCGUGAGCCGUGCGGACCGGGGGACCACGGUCCUGCCCGAGACCUCGUCUCAGUACUCCGAGACGGACGCGCUGGGGGUCAGCCGGUCCACCAGCACGGAGCGGAUCGCCGUGGUGGACUCGUGCACGGACACGGAGCUGAGCACGAGAGACCAGCACACCAGCACGGCGCCGACCGAGACCCGGACGGUGGCCGUCGGCGAGGGACUGGUCAAGGACGUGCAGGCCACGGUGAAGACGCGCUCGGUGGCCGUCGGGACGGCAACGCCGGGCGAGGCCGGGAGCGAACGGUCGUCGACGACGUCGUCGUCGUCGGGCAAAACCAAAGACAGCGGGGUGGGGCAGGUCUGCGUCAACGACAACUUCCUGGUGGGACUGAAGACCCGGACCAUCGCCUGCGGGCCUUCUCUUCCCCAGCUGCCCAACCUCUCCCUGCCCGGUCAGAACCCGGCCGCGGCCGUGCUGCUGACCCAAACCCAAACCCAGACCCAGACCCAGACCCAGGUGCCGCCUCUGGCUCCUCCGGGCUGCGUCCUGCCGGGUCCACCACCGCCAGCGUCCGGCGCCGGCCUGGACCACUACAUCGAGCGCGUGCAGAAGCUCCUGCAGGAGCAGCAGAUGCUGCUGGCGGAGAACUACAGCGAGCUGGCCGACGCCUUUGGCCAGCCGCACACCCAGUUUGGCUCCAUCAACAGCCAGCUGGUCAACACGCUGUCGUCCAUCAACUCGGUCAUGAAGUACGGCAGCGUGGAGGAGCUCCGCACCACCGACGUCACCAAGCGGGCCGCCGAUGGAAGCACGAGAGGAGACCAGCAGGUGGUCAGCAGGGUGAGUUCCCAGUCCCUGACCCUGAGGUCAGAGGUCAUCCAGACAGGGACGGAGAGCGUGAGCUCAGGGGUGACGGUCACGGACGAAAGCCGGCAGGCCGAGCUGAAGAGCCGCAUGGAUCAGCAGAUGUCCACGGCCCUGCACGGUCAGUCUGGCAGUCAGAAUACCCUGAAGUCCAUCAUGAAAAAGAAAGAUGGCCGUCAGGGAUCCAACGGUACCAAAAAGAACCUGCAGUUUGUGGGCGUCAAUGGAGGGUACGAGACCACGUCGAGUGACGACUCCAGCUCCGAGGAAAGCAGCUCCUCGGGCUCGGAGGACGAAGAGGAGGAGGAGGAGGAGGCGGAGGAGGAAGGAAAGGAGGCGCAGAAGAAUGUCAGAGAAGGGAGAAUGGGAGGAGAGGAGUUCUGUAACGAAGGAGCGGUGGAGGUGGGAAAGAGGGCUGAGCUCAGCGGCUCAGAGAAGCAGGAGAGGCGAGAGAGAUACGAGUUAAGUGAAAAGAUGGUGUCGGCGUGCAAUGUGCUGAAAGCCCACCUGAACGAUUCCAAGUCACUGACCAGCAAAGAUGUGCGGGCGUGCCUGAACACCGUGCAGCAGGAGUGGUUCCGCGUGUCCAGCCAGAAGUCGGCGGUGCCGGCCAUGGUGGAGGACUACCUGGGCGCCUUCCGCGCCGUCUCCGGCCCAGUGCUGCGGCACGUGGUCAACAUGGCCGACGGCAACGGCAACACCGCCCUGCACUACAGCGUGUCCCAUUCCAACUUCGACAUCGUCAAGACGCUGCUGGACGCAGAUGUCUGCAACGUCAAUCAGCAGAACAAGGCGGGCUACACCCCCAUCAUGCUGGCGGCCCUGGCGGCGGUGGAGUCGCCCAAGGACAUGCGCAUCGUGGAGGAGCUCUUCAGCAAAGGGGACGUCAACGCCAAAGCCAGCCAGGCGGGUCAGACGGCUCUGAUGCUGGCGGUGAGCCACGGGCGGAUGGACAUGGUGAAGGCGCUGCUGGCGUGCGGCGCCGACGUCAACGUGCAGGACGACGAGGGCUCCACGGCGCUCAUGUGCGCCAGCGAGCACGGCCACGUGGAGAUCGUCAAGCUGCUGCUCGCCCAGCCCGGCUGUGACGCCACGCUCAGCGACAGCGACGAGAGCAAUGCCCUGUCCAUAGCUCUGGAAGCGGGACACAAGGACAUUGCAGUGCUGCUGUACGCCCAUGUCAACUUCUCCAAAGCUCAGUCACCGGGCACGCCCCGACUUAGCAGGAAGACAUCGCCCAGCCCCACCAGGAGGAGUGUUUUCGACUAGACCCACACCCACCCAAAUCAACCCACACCACCCCAGCCCAGCCCAGCCCAGCCCAGCCCAGCCCAGCCCCACCCUGCCCUGAAUGCCCCCCACCUGACCCCCGACUCGCCCUCUCCUUCCAUGCUGCUAUCGGUUCAGGUUUGACGAGGAAAACCCAAAGCUCCUUCUCCAGUGGUCCGACCCAGUUGGUGGCCAGCGCUGGUGCCCUGAGCGACCUGCUCCAAAUCUGGCAGGACUAGAGGCUGAGGAGCCCUCCACUCCCUGGACUGACUGAAUGUACCCCAGCACCCCUCGUCAGGAAUGUUAGACAAACAAAGAAACAGACAGACAGAGCAAGUGUGAAAAGGAAAGGUUCAACACUUGAGCACCAGCGUCCAGAAGAGGAAAUUACUUGCAUAGCACUGGAACGUCAAACGUUUGGAGGCCUUUUGUAUUUUUUUGCCUUGGCCUGUCUGACUGGAGGUUUUGUCUGCAGAGAUUCUCUUCGGUCGGCAUGAUCGAGAUGUGGUUAUUAAUAAGUGCUUCAAAGAUGAUGGUGAGGUGGCCCUGAAGUGAUCAGCUUUGGGGGGUAUGAUCUCUCAUGGAUGUGCCCAGGACUCGUUUUUCUGUGUGUGUGGUUACUUUGCCCAAAAAUAAAGCUUUAUACUCGAGACGUAACCGUCUCUGUUUAUACAGUAUAUGUGUAUAUGCUGCCCAGUUUCGUAUCAGCCAAUUUUGUGUUCAGUCCUGUUUGUAUCCUAGCAAAGCUCCAGCAGGUAUGUGUGAUGCUUGCUGAUUGGGAUUCCUAAGACAAGAUUUUCUGGCUAUUUUCAAAUGAUCUUAUAUCUCAAUUGGAUAUAAACUUUACUUUUAUAUACAUGUCAUUUAUAUAUAUAUAUAUAUUUAAACAAUCACAGUAUUUUGGAUAUUUCCUUUUAUUUCCUAAUAGUACAUGAAGUUAUAUAUUUAUCAAUUAAAAGUUUUUAAUGCAGGUAUAAUUGUAUGGUCAUUGUACAUAAUGUAUUGUAUAGAGCUACUAGAGCUUGGAGAUACAGCUUUUUCUUUGUACAAUAAACUAUCCUGUUAUAGAUGUUAUUAGGUACUUCAUGUAAUAUCAGAACAGAAGUGCCUUCGACUUGCCAUAGAAGUGUAAACAACACUAAAACAUGUAUUUUCCCUCGGUCACACUUAAUCUUGUGAAAGGCCUUAAUAAUCCAACAGGUCCCUCUAUUUUCUUUGCUGCCUUUGACAGUUAGCACUCUGGCUCCCUCAUCUGGUGGUAGUUGGUUUGGCAACCAGCCUUGUGAUGUAAUUUAUUUUCUCUCUGUAUCUUACUAAUAAAAACAAUGUAAUUUAAA